CCUGUGUGUGCUCGAAUUCAUGACCCUCAUGGUCGCUCCAGUUUUUCACACCUGAAAAUAACAUAGCAAAAUAAGCCAAGAUGUCUGUGAAUCCAAUGACCUAUGAGGCCCAGUUCUUUGGCUUCAUGCCACAAACGUGCAUGCUUCGAAUCUACAUUGCAUUUCAAGACUACCUAUUUGAAGUGAUGCAGGCCGUUGAACAGGUUAUUCUGAAGAAGCUGGAUGGCAUCCCAGACUGUGACAUUAGCCCAGUGCGGAUUCGCAAAUGCACUGAGAAGUUUCUUUGCUUCAUGAAAGGACAUUUUGAUAACCUUUUUAGCAAAAUGGAGCAACUGUUUUUGCAGCUGAUUUUACGUAUUCCCUCAAACAUCUUGCUUCCUGAAGAUAAAUGUAAGGAGAUACCUUAUAGUGAGGAAGAUUUUCAGCGUCUCCAGAAAGAUUUUGAACAGUUACAGGAGAAGUACAAGACUGAAUUAUGUAUUAAGCAGGCCCCUCUUGCAGAAUUAGAAGAGCAAAAAAUUGUUCAGGCCAAACUCAAACAGACGUUGACUUUCUUUGAUGAGCUUCAAAAUGUUGUCAGAGAUCAUGGGACUAGUGAUUUUAGGGAGAGUUUAGUGUCCCUGGUUCAGAACUCCAGAAAACUACAGAACAUUAGAGACAGUGUGGAAAAGGAAUCGAAACAACUGAAAAUACCUUAAUUGCUCAGUAGUCAAAAGGAGGAGCCUGUCAAAAAGUAGAAUCAUAAGGAAUUUAUACCAGUGACUGUUCAAACCAACCAUACUUUUUAUUAGAUUUGCUUUGUCAACUCUUUCUUGUAUUCUGUGUCUUCCUCUUUUUUGGUCCACUUUCCCGAGGUAUGUGUGUACUACUUUGAACUAGGCUGCAGCAUCUGUUCCUUAGAGUCUGCUAAUGAGUGGGAAGGGAUCAAAUGAAGAAGCCAUGGCCAGUUAAAGAUAUUUGCAGAGUUACACCUUGGUCAUAAGUUCUUUGUGAUCUUGAUGAUUUUGACUUACUCUUUGGAUGAGACCAGAUGAGAAAAGGAUUAAAUGGGUGGCUCCUUUAGUAUUAUUGUUAUUUUUGAGG